CCGGUGCUGACGGGAACCAAGAUGGCGGCGGCCGCCUCCGACCUGCUGACGGGAUGGUGCCUCUUCGGCUUGGCGCUGCUGGCUAUCCUAGUUUUCUGCUGGGUUUAUGUGCGAAAGUAUCAGAGCCGGCGGGAAAGUGAGGUGAUUUCUACCAUCACAGCCAUCUUCGCCUUGGCGGUCGCUCUUAUCUCAUCAGCGCUGCUUCCAGUGGACAUCUUCUUGGUUUCGUAUAUGAAAAAUCCCAACGGCACGUUUAAGGAAUGGGCUGAUGCUAAUGUUUCAAGACAAAUUGAAGAUACUGUGCUUUAUGGAUACUACACUUUGUACUCCAUCAUCCUGUUCUGCGUCUUUCUGUGGAUUCCCUUUGUCUAUUUCUAUUACGAAGAGAAGGAAGAAGAUGAUGGCAACACAUGCUUACAGGUUAAAACUGCACUCAAAUAUACUCUGGGAUUCAUCACAAUUUGUGCAGUUCUUCUCUUAAUUGGUGCUUUUGUUCCUUUGGAUAUUCCCAACAAGAAAAACUCCACAGAAUGGGAGAAAGUGAAGCUCUUGUUUGAAGAAUUCGGAAGCAGUCAUGGCCUGACUGCUCUUUCGUUUUCCAUUAGUUCCUUGACUGUGAUUGGGAUGUUGGCAGCUAUCACUUACACAGCUUAUGGUAUGUCAGCUUUGCCUCUCAACUUGAUCAAGGGAACUACCAGUGCAGCUUAUGAACGUUUGGAGAACACUGAAGAUAUUGAGGAAGUGGAGCAACAUUUAUUAAGGAUUAAAUCAAAGUGCAGGGACGGCCGGCCUCUGUCAUCAAGGGACAGACGGGCUGUGCAGCAGCUGGAGGAGAGGCUGAGGACGCUUCGGAGGAGAGAGAGGCACCUGGAGUCUAUUGAGAAAAGCUGGUGGACGAAGUUCUGUGAAGCUAUCCGACCUCUAAAGAUUGUGUGGGGAGUAUUCCUCAUCAUCGUGGCACUGCUCUUCACUGUCUCUCUCUUCUUGUCCAAUUUGGACAAAGCUCUGCAUUCAGCUGGCUUCGACUCUGGAUUUAUAAUUUUAGGAACUAAUCUGACUAAUCCAUUGAAUAUGCUGCUACCUGUUCUUCAAACAGUUUUUCCACUUGAUUAUGUUCUUAUUACAACUAUUGUUAUGUACUUUAUCUUCACUUCAAUGGCGGGGAUUCGAAAUAUGGGUAUAUGGUUCUUCUGGAUAAGGCUUUAUAAAAUCAGGCGGGGAAAAACUCAACCUCAAGCACUCCUGUUUCUCUGCAUGAUACUCCUGUUGAUAGUUCUUCAUACCAGUUACAUGAUCUACAGUCUUGCCCCCCAGUAUGUAAUGUAUGGAAGCCAAAAAUACCUGGUACAGAGUAAUAAGACAAUUGAUGGCCAGCCAAGUAAUGUGACGACGUUUGUAUCUAAAGACUGUGAUGCAGAUGCCCCUGAAGAUCAGUGCCUUGUUACUCGGACGUACCUCUUUCUUCAUAAAUUUUGGUUCUUCAGUGCUGCUUAUUACUUUGGGAACUGGGCAUUCAUUGCAGUCUUUUUAAUUGGAUUAAUUGUUUCAUGCUGCAAAGGCAAGAAAUCUGUCAUUGAAGGUGAAGUGGAUGAAGAUGAUUCAGACAUUAGUGAUGAUGAACUGUCUGUUUAUUACCGUUGAUAGCUUUUUGCCUUCAGGAUGGGAAAGUGUAAUUAAAGUUAUUUUGAAAGUCGUACCCACGUGGAAUUGGUAUCCAAAUAAGCAUCCUUGCACCUGUAAAAAUAAGUAAUAAGUGUACUCGCUUAAAGGGGUAAAAAAAUAAAUGAGUAUCACUUCUUGAGUAUCACUUAUGUCAGAAGAAAUAUUGAAGCUGACUUUGAAUAAUAUAUAGAAAACACUGUUUUAUGAUUAAGUGUAUAUGUAACUGUUAUAUAAUUUGAACUGUUGUAACUAUUUCAUAAUUCAUGAUGCUUUUCUGUUAACUUAAGUUUUCUUAAAUACUUUCAUGCCUACCUUUUGGGAUGUUUUUUACUCAAGCUCAUAAAAAAAACUAGCUAAAAUCCUGCAGAACAGCUGGUGCAAACGCUGCUGGGAAGAUUUUGGUGAAGUUUACACUUUCAGAAGGAUGUGACUUACCAGCAAAACUAAUACAAAAGUUAUUUCUGGGAUUCUCAUCUAAAACUAUAGCUAAAAAAAGACUGUUCUUAAAUUAUGGGAAAAACUUCCACUGAAGUGGUGAGUUCCUAGUUUGUGAAGAAUAAGUCAUUUUCAUACUACUCUCCCCAUGGGCAUCCUCAGGUAACCAGGAGGUGCUUUUGCUGGAUCAGAGGAAAUCAUUAGUGUAAAUGGCAAUACUUAGCACUGUGCGGUGUUGUACAGUUCAGUUCUGAAACUGCCAGGUGCCUGACUUAUCUUAAUUACUUCAUUGGUUGGUACUGUGAUUAACUUCUAACUUAUUUUUUUCUUUAAUGCAAACUUGUCUAGUUUGAAGUCUUCUUUAAAUAUUCCAUGCAAAUGUUGUCAACUUGUUUACAAGCCAGUAUGUUUAUAUAAACACACUUCAUAAAUAUUUGUCACCCCUGUGGUCUUUGUAAA